CAUCUUGAUCCCGGUGAAUCACAAAGACUUUUUUAGCUGCUCAGACUUGCAUCAGAUUUAUUAUCUUCUAUCAAAACCUAUUCGCAGAAUCAUGGAGCCCUAUCAUGAGCUUGUACCUAAUGCCAAUGUUUGGAGCAGCGAGUCUUCGAACCAGAACGUGCCAGCGCCGCAAUUCCUCCCCUUCUGGUAUCACGAACAGCCAGCGCAAACGAGAUCAGAACUUGUCCCGGCGAUGUUGCAGUCCCAAAAUGGAGAGUCUUCCAACACCUCGAGCUCGGAGAACCGUGGCCCGCAGGAGAAAAGACGAAAGCACAACAAUCCUAAUUGGGACGCACACCAGUCGGAGCUAAGACAGCUUUACCUCGAUGAGAACAAGACACUGGUGGAGACAAUGCAACUGAUGAAGGAAAGACAUAAUUUUAUUGCGUCGAACAAGCUUUACAAGCUCCAGUUCAAAAAGUGGGAAUGGCAGAAGAAUCUUCCCGCAACUCACUCUCGAUUCAUGGUCGAAAAGGCACGGAAGAGAAAGCACGAAGAGAACAAGGAGACGGUAUUCAGGUAUGGAAACCAGAACUGGGAUCGAAGCAAAUACGCGACCCUGGCUCGUAACAAAAAGAACCAGACGUCUCCGCAGGCACAAGAUUAUCCCACGCCUGUGGGAGUCAGCUACAAGACCCCCAAGCCAGUCGAUCUUACGCAAAUCGAGGAAUACCACCACAGUGACGAGUCUCCGGCUGGAUCAGAUGGCGACGUAUCUGAUGCGGACGCCGGUGUCACAAUGUAUCCGCAAGGCACAACCGACGAAUCCAGUGACGCGGAGAUCUUCUCUGAUGACGAAGAGGAGCAGACCGACGACUCGGAUGAUGUCGGAAUUCCUCUACUCCGCUCCCAAGGCUAUACGCGGGAGGAGCUUCUGAACCUUCUCAAUCUAGCACGAAGCUACAAUCAAGAGGGGAGAGUGAAAGAAGCGGAAGACAGUUAUCUCCAGGCGAGCCAUGCACUCUCACAUGUCAUAGGUCGGACCCAUCAGGAAACAGCCAGCGUAAACUACGAGCUCGCCAACUUCUAUGCGCAACAUAAACGCACAGAAGAUGCUGAUGCCAUCAUCGACAUCAUGACGGGUGACUUUGUCAAAGACUGGGGACAUGAACAUGACAGAACACAGAAGCACAUUCUGCACACGACCGAGCUCCUAGAGACAUGGGGCAGGUCUGCCGAUGCCCUUGGGAUCUUGUCUCACUCGUGGGAAAUCAUCGAGAAGCUCGACCGCAGGGGACAUCGUAGCACCCGAAGAACACAGACACCCGGUCGAGUCACGAAGUCUUGGGCUCUUGGCCCAAUUCCUGAUCUCCAGCAAACUAUCGACAAGGUCAGGAAACAGGGCUCUGUCGCCACAAUUGACCACGGGAUCUCUGUUGCCAAAGCCCACGUCAACGCCAGAAACCAGGCAUCUGAGGGCUUGCUUCUGGCCAUCAUCCAACACUGCAAAAGGCAUCCCCAAGGCCUUGUACUGCGUCGUGUUCAAGCAACGGCCGAACUCUUAGGCCUUUAUAGCAAGCUCGGUACGGCCGAUGAACAUAGAUUUCACUUUGUCGGCGCCGAAGAUGCUCUGACGGUCAUAUUCAACGAAUAUGGGUGGACAAAAGAGAGAUUCCAGAGCAUCGAGCUGAUGGAGGCUUCUAUGCAACUAGCACUCAACGUCUUCAGAGGUGGCUUCGAGAUACAUGCUGCAAGAAUGUUCGGGAGUGUGGACGAAAAGGCGGAGUGGCUUUUUGGUUACGACGAUGAGCGAACAAUCUGGAUACUUAUAACGAUAGGCUUGGCUUAUCAGAGUAAUGCAGGGUGGGACCAGGCUUCGAAGUGGUUCGAAAAGGCUUUCUCUGCGGCUCUAGGCAGUGACCAAUGGGACGACGAAGACGGAAUCGUCAGGGCGCUGCAAAAUGCGAUAGACAAACGCCACUUUUCGUAUCUAUCGGAUGAAGGGCGGCCAUACAAGACAAUCUUCGGAAUUUCAGGAAUCUCGAUCCGCCCAGGAAGAUUGCAUUUGAGUUGAUUCGACCCCGCAGUCUUACACAACAAAGAGGUGGCUACUUAUCGAGGCAAGGUUUUGAGUUGCUACGCGGCCUUUUCUUUUCACAUAAAGUGCGACGAGAAGUUCCUAUCAGAAAUAUGAAUACAUUAUUGGUUGUUAGUCCUGCGCUAAAUGAAGCAUAGCCGACUUUGUAAGGUAGCCAGACACUAGAUAGACGGGAGGAGACCUUUCAGGACUGAACUUCCGAUCCUCACGUCCGCUGUACAGUGGCUCGUGGACUCAUGUUCAAUUUCCUUGUGCAGCUAGAGUUGCCGAACCAAAACUCGUAAUCGUGUUUUCAAAUCACCAAAAUGGGAUGCAAACCCUCGAGGAGCUUUCGUAGCAGUUAAGAUAUAACCGGGCACAGGAAUAUGUAGAGUGGCUAACAUAUCUAAUCUGCAGGGGGUAAGCAUUUCCACUGCCCUGAGUAGAACAAUGCCCGUCUCUGAAAUCCAGUC